UGGCACAAUACUCUACUAUACCAGCACGACAAUUUUCUUUUCUCAUUUCGCUUACUCGAUCAUCACUGAGGGAUAUCAUAAUGGGGGACUCAGCAAAUAUCACCAAUGGUUUCUUAAUUGAAAAUAUAAUUGAGUCGACCAAAUCUAAGCUGAAGAAAAUAGCGCAACAAAAAGCGAAGACUUCAAAACCAAAAUCAACUCAUCCUCGAACUUCUGACAUGGUAAUUGCCGCUAUUAAAGAAUUAAAAGAUCGUAAAGGAUCAUCAUUUCAAGCAAUCAGAAAAUAUGUUGUAGCAACAUAUAAGGUUGAUGGUGAAAAAAUAACACCAUUCAUAAAGAAAUAUUUAAAAAAUGCGGUUUCCAGUGGUACGGUUGUGCAAACCACAGGAAAGGGAGCUUCAGGAUCAUUUAAGCUUUCAACCGUCAAAAGCGGGAGUACAAAAGCAAAAGCACAACGCGUCAUCAAAGAAAAGAAGACUACCGACAAAUCUGUUGAAAAGAAGACAAUGGCAGCUCGCGAAACUGCGACAAGUGCUGCUACCAAGAAAACUAAAACGUCAAGCGAAAAAACCGAAUCCGUUAAGAAACCUACAGUUCGAAAGAAGCCUAAAGUUGCUACUUCUAAAGCUGCUACCGCUGUUGCUACCACUGCUCCUGUUGCUAUUACUAAAAAGAAGAUAACGAAAAAAGCGGCAAAACCGAAAACUCUAUCAAAAACUGAGACUGUAAAGGCAGCAGCUACCAAAACUAAAACUCCCAAACCGAAGAAAGUAAAAACUAAAACUGUUCGUAAAAAUUCAAAGAUAUCAGUUAAUAAACAGAUAUGUCUAUGAGGUACAUAAUAUCUCAUAAAUAUAUCAUU